AUGCCGAGCGAGCAGCUCGAUUUAUGGAUGAGCUGCUCCAAAAACAAUUCUAAAGAAACUUCAUCAAGUCUGUUUUUAAGAAGUGUAUCACAUCAAGCACCUUUGUUGGCGUGAAUAAACUCAUCAAUUUGGACAUUUUCAGGCUGCAAUCGUCUUUUUAAAUGCUGCAGAACAGGCGGAGCUAUGAUUGCUUUGGCCUGACGGCAGCAGUGGGGGGUCGCUGCUGAGUAUGCAGGGCUUAGCGGGGCCUGAUGCGCCCUGGAAAUUACCCGUCUUUGAUGGCGUUGGCCUCCUGUGGCGCUUGCUCUUUGGGGUGUUCAUUGCAGGUGCACCAGCGACGGCUUGUCCCACAAGGUGCCACUGUAUGGAGAAGAGUGGCAUGACUGUGGUCCAGUGCAUGUCCCGCAACUUGGACAGCAUCCCACCAGAUCUUCCAAGAGACACCGUUGUCCUGCUUUUGGCAUCCAACCACAUCACCCACAUCCCCAACCACGCUUUCAAGGAGCUGCACUACCUCCAGGAGCUAGACCUGUCGAAUAAUGACAUCGAAACCGUGGACCCGGGGGCUUUUCAGGGCGUCUCUGACAGCCUCCUCGUCUUAGAUCUGUCAAACAAUCGCGUCCAAAGCGUUCCCAAGGAGGCGUUUGCGCGUCUGCGGGCGAAAAUCAGCCUCUCGAACAACCCGUGGCACUGCGAGUGCACCCUGCAGGAGGUCCUGAGGGAACUGCGGCUGGACCCGGAGACGGUGAACGAGGUGAUGUGCCACACGGCGGUGCAGGAGGAGUACGCCGGCAAGCCGGUCAUCCAGGUGCUGGACUCGGGGAUCAACUUCUGCAAUUUCCACCACAAGACCACGGACGUGGCCAUGUUCGUCACCAUGUUCGGCUGGUUCACCAUGGUGAUCGCGUACGUCAUCUACUACGUGAGGCACAACCAGGAGGACGCCCGGAGGCACCUGGAGUACCUCAAGUCACUGCCGAGCAGCUCGCAGAUAAGCAAGGACUUCGACACCAUCAGCACUGUUCUCUAG